CAGUUAUUUAAUGAAAAAAAAAAAAAACACUUGGAAAGACUUCGGGAUUCGUGAAAGAGACACUUUAGGGCGUUGUACACUCACACUCAAUCACACACACACUCCUAGGCAGAGAAAGACAGCGCUACGAAACUUCAGUUUGCAAAAUGGAGUCCGCUAUCAAGACCGUCAUUUCGCAGUUCGUCAGCUCGGCCCGUGGGAAGGAGAGUCUCAACAAGGACAAUUUCCAAAAGCUGGUCCAGCGUCAACUUGGGAACAUCAUGGCUGACACAGAUAGCACAUCGUCAGUAAAGGAGAUGAUGCAAGGCCUGGACGAGAACCAGGAUGGGAAGGUCGGCUUCCAGGAGUACAUGACUCUGAUCGGUUACUUGGCCAACUCACUGAGCGAAAGUAAAGGCAAAGGUCAGGCCACCAACUGAGACCGUGACACUCAACAGCUGAUCGACUACGCCGUUGUGUACUCCAAUAUACUUAUAUACCUGGCCAAGCAAGCUCACUGUGAUGUGCCUAAAUAUUUUUAUGCUUUUUUAAACGCAUACCAGUACUAAAAUGUCUACAAGAAUUAGUAAUGCAUCAUCCUGUUGGGGUUAAACUUUAUUCAGUGUUAAAUAUCCACCCACUAUAUGCCAAAAUGAUGUACAUUGCUCUCAAAACAUCACUUACAUUCCUUUAAGAAAUGCAUUAUAGCUGGACUGACCGUAAAUAUUGACAUUGACCGUAAAUAUUGUUUUGUACUUUGAAGAUAUUGCAUGGAAAUAAAAAGGUCAAAAAUC